AUGUCGAAAAAGCAGUCCAGAGAAGAAAAGAUAGACCGGUUGCAUCAGUCUGCAGGAUCCCCUUUCAAGCUGAAUAUCAGAGAAUUUCGGCCGCCAAUGAAUUUUAUAGUUCCAAAGCUGCCAGAAUUCAAUGAGAAAACAGAUGAUCCAGAUCAGCAUGUUUUACACUAUGAAACUGCCAUGACUCUGUGGCAGCACAGUGAUGAGUUGAUGUGCAAGAUGUUUCCACAGUCACUGGAUGGAGGAGCAAUAAAGUGGUUCAAUAAACUCCAUGCACAUUCGAUCGGAAUUCGGAAAGAGGAAAGCAUCAGGAAGUUUACUCGACGCUUCAAGCAAGAGUUAGCAUAUGUAGAUGGUGCCAGCAAUCAAAUCGUCAUCGAAGCUUACAAGCAGGCAUACCAGUACGAACAAAGAGGUGUGUACGGUUCCUUGGUCAAGAGACCACCAAAUACUCUAGAGGGACUGUAUGAUCGAGUGGAAGAAUAUGCUCGAGUGGAGGAUGAUUCCAAAGCUCGAGAGAUGAGACAUGUUAACAGAUCAUCCAAUCAUCCAAAUGAUGGGAGGAAAGACAACUCGAAGAACCGUUCGAGCGGCCAUCACAAUGAUCGAGGUGAAGAGCGAGGGAAGAACCAAGGUGAACGAAUGAAAACUGAAUUCCAGAAAUAUCAUGAUAUGAAGAUGACACCAUUGAACAUACAACUUACAGAGUUUUAUGAGAAAAUCAUCAAGGAUUUGAGCCUCCCUUGUCCCUUGCCAGCAGAGACACGUGAUAAACGUGAUAAUAACAAAUACUGCAAGUUCCAUAAAGACCAUGGUCACAAGACUGAGAAAUUCCGCGCUUUACAGAUCAAGGUCCAUCGGAUGAUAGACGCUAGAAAUAUACAAGAGUACGUGAAGAAGGAUUUUGGAAAAGGCCCUGGACAGUUUGGCACAACACAUAUGAUUAACGCCCAUGUGAUUAACGUCAGUCACGCCAGGAUCCAUUCAAUGACCAGGCGGGCAUCGAAAGAUGAGAGCGGGAGAAAGCUCAGGUAG